UACGACGCUAGACUCGCAACCGAAUGGUCGUGUGAGGCGGCCGAGCGGAGCUUCGAGCGCGAUGCCGACUUUGUUUACCGAACUUUUCUCUCAAAUAAAAUGAAAUUUUGACUUUAGAAAUUUCGAACGCUUGGUGUAUAGUAUGCCAGUGAUGGAAAAAAAUUGUGGAUACUUUUUAGUGAAAUUGUAAACAUGUAAAUUAUCAAUGGUGUGAAAAUUAAAAAUAAUUUGGUGGCAGUAUGGUGGAUGCUGGUGUUAAUGAGUGCGAUAACACCAUAAAUGGAAGGAACCAAUUUGUGUUUCUUGUAUUUGUGCAUUUACUUCUCAUUGGACUGAAUGGAACAAAUGCACAAAACCGAGCGCCUCGGAUCAAGGAACACCCAUCAAACACAGUAUCAGGUCGCAGCGAGCCAGCGACCUUGAGAUGUGUAGUCGAAGGUCGACCGAAGCCCGUGGUACACUGGUACAAAGAUGGCGCAUUACUACCACACGCAGAAGAUGGGCACAGAGUGCUGUUGGAAGAUGGGCUGUUGUUCUUAAGGGUGAAUCGAGGGAAGAAGGAGAGUGACGAAGGCGUAUACUGGUGCGUGGCACGCAACCUGGCUGGCGAGGCCAUCAGUCACAAUGCCUCGCUGAACGUCGCCGUCCUUCGAGAUGAAUUUCGAGCCGAGCCAAGGGAUGUUCAUGUAGCAGCUGGUGAACCAGCUCUACUGGAGUGUGCGCCUCCCCGAGGAGUACCGGAGCCAUCUGUACACUGGCUCAAAGAUGGACAGCUGUAUGACGUGGAAGUCAAUGGCAGGGUAACUGUAACAGAUACAGGAAACUUAAAGAUCUUAGAAACAUUGCCAACGGACAGCGGUUUGUUUAGAUGUGUGGCGUCAAACAUAGCCGGUGAAAGGCAGUCGCGAGCUGCGGCACUAAUUGUUUUAAGACGACCACACUUCGUUGUUAAACCUAGUAACGCAACCGCUUUGGUUGGGCAAACUGUCGAGUUUAACUGUCAGAGUUAUGAUGCAAGCGUAAAAAUAACAUGGGUCAGAGAAGACGGACCAUUGCCUUCCUAUGCCACAAUAACCCGAGGGCUAUUAAGGUUGGAGCAUGUGUCUGCGACCGACGCCGGCGUCUAUUCCUGCCGCGCGGACAGCCACGCCGGCACCAGUAUCACCAGCGCUACACUCACAGUUUACUCGUUACCACACUUCACGCAAAUACCGUCUAACUUGACCGCAUGGGAGGGCGAUGUGGUUUCCAUUCCAUGUGAAGCUAAAGGGUUACCAACACCGACCACCUUUUGGAUUCUCGAGGGGACUCAAGAUUCUUUGCUUUUCCCAGAAUGCACUAAAAGUAAUUCGAGCUUAUUGUAUUUGGACGGCGCGCGCUCUGAACACAGUGGGAGAGUGAUUUGCACAGCUGUCAACGCAGCUGGCAGUAUUAUGCAAGAGGCUUAUCUAAAAGUGCUAAAAAAAGGAAACAAUGAACUGAGACAACCUUCUAUGGAUCACGAAUAUAAUGUAGAUUACGAACGUGAAACGCAUAUGACGCAAUACGAGUUAGUCCAAGCGAGGAAAUAUUUGCAACAAAAUGUGUUGGUUUUAAGAAGGGUGGAGGCAUUGUCAUCUACGUCACUAAAAGUUGUUUGGGAUGUAUUGACUGACUACAAUGAAUAUUUGGAGGGUGUCAAAAUUUGGUACAACGGCACAACACUAAAUUGGCGCAAUGUGUCUGACGAAGAGAUAACUUUAUUGAACCCGUCACAUUCAGACGUCCUGUGCUCGAAUGGCUCUCUGAUGAACGUUGACAAUAGUGGAUCGUCGAGUUAUAUCCUCACUGGUUUGAUGGCUUACACUCAGUACGAUAUAUUCCUGAUGCCAUUUUACAAGAUGCUAUUAGGAAAACCUUCUAAUUUGAUGAUUGGGUACACGAAUGAGGAUGUGCCUUCUGCUCCGCCCCAAAGUGUUACGGCCGGAGUUAUAAACGCAACGUCUGCGUGGAUACGAUGGGAACCACCUUCUGUGAACACGUGGAACGGAGAACUUACCGGCUAUUUGAUCGAGAUUCGUGUGGGUGGCAGUACUGGCGGUCGCGUGGUAGGUCAGAUGUCGCUGGGUGCUAAGACGCGCGCGGCUGCCGCAAGCUCACUGCGGGCUGGCGGGCGCUACAGUGCUCGCGCGGCUGCUGUCACGCGCCGCGGACACGGCCCGUUUAGUGCGCCAGCUCAUAUACAUAUGCUGCCCACACAGUCACAAAGGCACUAUGUUCAGACUGAACCACCAAAAGACUCGAACAUAACACACAUAUUUCAAGAAACGUGGCUCCUAGCUCUCGGCCUAACACUUUUCUCCGUAAUCGCAAUCGGGGUCUUCAGUAUUUACUACAUCAAACGCCGCAACAACAUACAAAGGAAGAAAUCCACUGGUCAGUCAAUUGUGACGGCUCAACAGUGUCUAUUGAAUAAAGACACUAUAUGGUUAAGGGAUCGGCCAGUGUUCGCGGCUCCGAACGAUCCUACUUUAGACGUUAGCAGCUGUCACCAAAGUCUUUUACAUGGUGGACAAUCAACGAGCAUUCUGAGUGUGGAGCCAGAGUACAGUCUGCCUCAAAAUUCCAUUCAGGGAUUAGAUGCGUCAAGCGUAGAUAGGCUACGUCGCGGGCCGCCAGAACCGUACGCGUCGAGCGCCAUUUACACAGAACUCAAUUUCAAGGACAAUAACGACAUCGGAGACAUGAGAAAUUGCCCAGAAAGACGAUCCCAUAACAAUAGCAUUGUUAGAUCGUGCAAUGGAAGCAUUCAGUACUCAAAUGGGGAAUGUUCGACGUGUUGUCAUAGCACGUCCAGCAGGUCAACGAAAGACUAUAGAGAGCCGAGACACGAGAACGCACAUAAUGACAUUAACGUUCUUGAGGAUGACUGCGCCUCUUGUCACACGAACAGGUCCGGAUCAAGGAGCAGACAAGACAAAAGUAAAGUGUGUCCUGCCAGUGAUUUAGAGUAUGACUAUCCGCAGUGGCACUGGCUGGGCAGGGAGAACAGUUUCAAAAUUCCCAUUCAGACGAGUAGACAUUCGAAUGUAGCGAGGUCGGAACAGGGCUGUCAAAUAAAUCUGUGUGAUAUACUGCCGCCGCCGCCGUAUGAGAGUCCCGAGAACAAGAACGCGUAUGGAACUCAAAAUAAUUAAAAGUGAAAUGUAAGAUGAACGAGGAAUCAAAGCAAUAAUCAUCAUUAUCUUUUCAAAUUCUAAGGAUAAGUUACGUGGAAAUGUUUUGAAGUUAUUAGUGAUGUUCAAAUUGUCGAACUAAAAAGUUAAGAUGGUAUUAGGUGUAGGUAGAUAAUAUAUAACUUAAUAUUCGUCAGGAAUCAUAACCAUUGUAGAUUAGCUGAAGUAGUGCUUGUAAUGUAGAUACCGAACUUUUGAUAUUUGUAUCUCGUAAUUUAUUCCUAAUCUAUGUUCUAGUCACAGUAUAUAGGACUAGUUUUGCCAUUGGUGAACACUGUAUUCUCUCGUAAGCUAAUCUUUUGUACCUAUGAAUCAAGGUUGUUACAAUUUUGACUGUAAAACGUAGAAUAAAAAGAAGCCCUGCAUUUCACUGCCAUAUACCUUUAGGUCUUUCUAGAAUAUUAGUUAUAUAAUCUUUGACUGUGAUAUUUAUAUUAAAUUUGUGUAUUAGAAAUAAAUGUAACCCUAGUGUAAUUAUCUAAUUUUCCUCCAACUUUGAAAUUUUUUAAUCCUUCACAUAUUGUAAGAGUCGAUAACAAUUUGAUCUGCAAUCGAAAUAUUUUCAGAACCAGUUGUCAUGUACCCAAAACAGAAAUCUGAAAUAUAGCAACUUUAUUAAA